GUGGGGGCAUAGGCCAUAGCGCCCAUGUUCCCUCUUUAGACAAAAAUGGCAAUGCAAACAUGAUUGAACUGGCAACAAGUGCCUCUUACAGUCUUACUGGAGGUGAACAUGAGACAAACCAAGCCUGGGAAAGAAUGAUCUGAAUGUGCAGUCCUAUGGUUUGGUAGCACUUUUUAGUUUUGCUGGAUUUUUCUUGUUUUCGCCUGCACGCAUUAGUAUUCUGGUCUCCAAACGAUGUCAUCCAUAAAAUUAAGUCGGUGUGGCCUUACAGGAAAUACAGCCCAGGAUCAUUAUUCCAACUGCAUACAUGUAUACAUUGUAUAUGCAAAGGCCCAGGAACAGGCUCAGAAUGCGCACCCCACAUCAGAGAGUGUCGCAUUUCUGAGCAAUCCAGGCAAAGUCUUUUCAUACUAUAAACUCUGGCUACUUAAGUCAGUCAAACUCCCACACAUACAUUUUAUGAUAGCCUUAAAUGCUUAAAAAAAAACGAGCUGCUCUGCCGUGCACCAAGUACCAGUCAUACCUCGGAUUCCACGUACGCGGCGGCACGCGGCUACUCUCAGAGACUGUUUGGAUGAAUCACACCGUACAACAAGGAAAGCGGGAGAAUGUCCAAGAAUCCGAGAUGUGCCACGGAUCCACUUCCAAAGUUACCCGAUGAGGGUCAAGACUCCAUAUGCCCUUCAACAGUUACACAGCUGGGAGUAAACAGUUAUGAAGAUGUUGAUAGAAAUGUACCAAGAACACAUCUGGGAAGACCUUGGCCAACAAAAGAAGCUUCCAAGUCAGGGAGGGUCAAUGCUGAAUUUCAGGGAGGGAUUGAAGGCAGAAGGGACAGAGGGAAGGAAACAACGGACACCAGAUCUCCCAUGGACCCUCUGCCCAUACCUCCUGAUGAUCCCUGCACUGCUCGUCUGUUUUUAGCAGCCCAGCCUAGAGUAGACGCUACUGGAGAUCGGGCAGAAACACAUACCAGCAGGUAUGCAGGCAUUGAUGACAACGUUGUUGAGGAACAUCAUGGAAAAGAUGAGAUAACCGAAGAUACUGACCCAGGCUAUCAUUACUACACUGGCAUGAACCAAGCUUACCUGGAUGCACAAAAAGCCGGUAGUUCUCCACAAGGUCAGUGUGCCGAGGACGUCACAUUCUUCAGGAGAUGUGUCCAGAAGCUGAAUUCGACGCCCGGAUACGUGCUGGCCUUUUGUGCAGGCGUUGCCGUCGCUGCAGUGAUGGCCGUGAUCGUCAAUAACAUUGUCAUCACGAACCAUAAGGGACCACCGGGCCAUCAGAGACCGAGGACUCAUUUGCCGACUAGAGAUCCAAACAUAGCUCCUACAAACACAACAAUAGCACAACACCAACGGGUAACCAUGGGAACCACAGCGUCAACUGUGACAAUGCUGCCGGCAUCCACAACAGCGGAUGACAAAUGCAGGAUAGAACCAUCGUUGAAUGAUUCAUCCUGUGCAUCUCUCGGUCCACUGCUUGGUUCCAGUACUGGAGUCUACACCAUCAACAUUGCUGGGCAGAACGUACCUGUACGCUGUGACAUGAACACAACAGGAGGAGGUUGGACAGUCAUCCAGCGGCGUUUUGACGGAAGUGUCGACUUCAACAGAGAGUGGAGGGACUACAGGGAUGGCUUCGGUCAUCCGUCCGGAGAGUACUGGCUAGGCCUGGAACAUGUCCAUCAACUGACCAGUCAGGGCAGCUGGACACUCAGGAUUGAACUUGAGAGACGUGGAACUGUACGACACAUCGUUUCCGGUCGCUUCGUCGACCAAACUCUAAACCCUGUGGAUGAACCUGAAGGUGGCUUUUGGGCUGAAUAUGGCUUCAGUGUGGCCAGUCAGAGUACCAACUACCAGCUCCAUCUGUCAGGUUUCAGUGGUACUGCAGGGAACUCCAUGAAUGCCAUCGGCUACCCGUGGACCGCAGCCACCGGCAUGAUGUUCUCCACACGAGACCGAGACAACGACGGGUCCCUGGGCAGACACUGUGGCAGGGAACUGAAGGGUGGCUGGUGGUACAACGACUGUACCCUGUCAGGACUCAACAACAAGUAUCCCAAUGACAACGUGCACUGCAAUAGUAAGAAGUACAUAGAAUGGCACACGUUGUCGGAUAGAUUUCACUGUUUGAUCAAAGUCUCAAUGAAAAUAAGACCAACUGAGUUCUGAUGACAUCAUCAAUGAUCACAGCAAUUUGAAUUCGCACAAACAUUAUGACUGAAGUUCUGACAGGGAACAGUUGUAUAUAUUGUAUAUUGUAUAUUGUUUACAGCAAUUAUUGAGUAAUGAACUACUGGCAGAUUUUUAGUAGAAGCUAAAUGGGAGGUAGUCCCAUAGCCUUUUUUUGAGGCUGUAGGUUCAGUUGGU